UGAAACUAAAAGUUUAGCGGAGCUUUGUUUGUCUAUGGUGCGGUUGGAAUGGAAAUGGAAGAUAGCCAUUUGUCUGAUAACCAAACAAUAGAAUAUAUUGGCUUUACGUGUGUAAUUUUGGACUUAAAACGAUCAAUCUUUAAAUAUUAAAGAAUAUCCAGAUGGCACCUGGAUCUACCAAAGAGUCAAUGGUAUGAAAUCAAGAACUUACUAUGGAUGGGGAACCAGAAGACUUCAACCUCCAGUGGGAGGAAGAAGUUGAAGUGAAGAAAAUGUUUGCUUUCCAGCACAGUCCAGGUGUUGUUGAAACGGAAGUGAUAAGUGGUUUAGAAAAUGUACAGCACACUGGAUAUUCAGCUAUGACAACAGAAGAGAUGAUAAACACGGACCAAAUGGCUGCAGAGAACUUAAUGUAUCUAUCUCAAGAUGUAGUCAGUUAUACAGAGACGGCUGAGCUAGCCGAUGAUCCUAGUGUGGAGUGUGUCACUGAGGAGGUCAUAACGGAUGACUGGGUGAUUCCUGGAGGCCAGGAAAGGGUGGAAGUUCCCAUGGAUCACUUGAAUCAUCCUGAUUUGGUUCUUAAAGAAGAAAAUGAUGUUGAUGUUCCUUUACCAACUGAUCAAGAUGAAUACACAGCGAUGCGUCCAUGGCCGUGCGAUUUCUGCUCUCGUCGGUUUCGCAAGAAGGCUGCACUCAUGAACCAUAUGGUCGCCCAUCAGAACGACCGGCCUCAUGCUUGCAACCUCUGCGGCGUUCGAUACGUACGCAAGUGUGAUCUCAUGAACCAUCUCAAGGUUCACGCCUUUGUACCAGACAACCCUGAUUCCAUAGACUUUGAGGAUGUUUUAGACAAUAACCAAAUUGUAAAACCAAAGAAGAAACGAGGUAGACGGAAAAAGAAUCCCGAACCUGUAGAGGAGAACGGCAUGUGGGAGAACAUGACGUCAGCGCGGACGCAGCAGUGGUCGCGCCGCGCCCGCUCGCCGCCCAAGCCGCCCCCCUCCCCGCCCUCCCCGCCCUCCGAGCCCGCCCCCGUCACCCCGCCGCCGCCGCCCAGCGACCCCUCCCGACCCUUCGUCUGCAGGCACUGCGGGGUCGGCUUCGCAAGGGAGAAGGCUUUGCAGUCACAUGCCAGGGUGCACGGCGGCGACUCGCCGGUGGAGUGCGGGUCGUGCGGCGAGCUGUGCUGGUCGCGCGAGGCGCUGGCCACGCACAUGCAGCAGCGCCAUCCGCAUCUGCCGCCGCGGGACCCGCAGCCCGACCCGCCGUACGAUGACUCCGACUCGGGCGACGACAUGGAGUUCCGUUUGUCUCCGCUGUCGGCGGGCGGCGGCGAGCGCGCCGUGUACGACACGAUGCGCGGGCCCGAGCUCUUCUGCCAGGACUGCGGCGUCGCCUUCCAGCGGGCCGACCUGCUGCGGAGACACGUGGCGGCCGCGCAUAGCUACAAGCGACACGACAGCUCGAGCAGCACGUGGGCGGAGCACACAUGCGACGUGUGCGGCGAGGGCUUCACGGACGCGCUGCAGCUGCUCGCGCACGCCGAGGGACACGCCGAGCGGCACCGCACCGUCUCCGCGCCCAGGUUAAAAAGAAUGUCAAAAGGUCGAAAUAAUACUUCAACAUCGAAUAGUUCACGGCAGUUCCCUUGUAGGGUAUGUGGCAAGGUGUUUGGUUCGCGGAGUUCGCAACAGAUUCACAUUCGUAUACACACGGGAGAGCGGCCGUACGCUUGCCGGUUCUGUUGGAAGGCGUUCGCUGACGGCGGCACGUUACGGAAACACGAACGAAUACAUACAGGCGAGAAGCCGUACGCAUGCGCAGUGUGCCCGCGAGCGUUCAACCAGCGCGUGGUGCUGCGCGAGCACGUGCGCUCGCACCACUCCGCGCCCGACCGCCGCGCUAACGGUGGGCCGGCUUACUGCUGUGUAGUGUGCGGUCGGACGCUGCAUUCCAGCGCGGAACUAGUGCAGCACCUGAUACAGCACUGUGACGCUAACACUGCGCUCAAGAGACAACCCCAGACUGGGCCACGGAAAUAUAAGAGACGACGAAAAUUGAAAACAGAGCAGUCGCCGACGACGCCGCGCGAGUGGGAACGCGCCUCCCCCUCCCCCGCGCGCUCCGCGUCGCCCGCCUCCCCCGCGUCCCCCGCCAGCCCGCCCGCCUCGCCCGCGCCGCCCUCCGCGCCCGCCUCGCCCGCCACGCCGCCGCGCGCCGCCGCCGCCGCGCCUCGCCCGCGCUGCGCCGCGCAUGAUCCACACGGCGCCGUCCCCGCGCCGCCGUGCCCUCCCCGCCCCUCGCGCCGCCCGCCGCGCCGCGUGGCCGACGACCUGCGCGCCAUCCGCGACCCGCCCGACGCCGGCGGCCCCUUCAAGUGCGAGAUGUGCUCGCUGGAGUUCCCGCGCCGCGACGCGCUGCUGCUGCACGUGCCCGUGCACAUCUGACGCCCGCGCCGCGCGCCCCGCCGCGCCGCCCACACGCACUAGCGCCGCACUCUGCACUACAGCCUAUCGUCGCACAGAUGAAUCUCAAUGGAUUGUGCCAUCUCGAUACGACGGUAGCGACGAUCUUGGGAGCCCGCGAGGU